GCAGAGGCGGAGUAACGCUGAGGGGGUCUUAUCCGCAUGUGAGGGCUCGUAGUCAUGUGCAACAGCACAAGUAGUGAUGUGUCAGGCGGUUGAAGGUGUUUGUAUCGUGGUGUUUGUACAGUAGUGAGCGAGGGCAGCUGCUCUAAUCUGAACCGGUUCCACUUGUGCACGGACUCAUUUCACAGCUUCUGUUCCCGCACGAUCCAUCGUCGACAACAAAGGCGCCUCUCUCUCUCUCGCUUCUCCCCCUCCGUGUGUCUCUCGUGAGGUAGAAAUAUGAGGUUUGUGGACGUGGGAGAUUCCAUCGGUCGCUUCAGGUUCGCCCAGUCCUGCGUGGGCUUGACCGGCUGCCUGUGUGUGUGCUACGCAGUCUGGACGCCGUUCUGGCUGAAGGGCGGGGGACUCUGGACGGAGAGGAAUCACACGGAAAGGGACCAGACGGACGUUAAACGCGGCGCUGUCUUCAAUGCCCUGGAGGCAGAGCGAGUAUUUGGGGUUCUUUCCUUCCUGAUGGCCGUGAGCACUGGUGCCCUGUGUCUGGUGUUUUCCCUCUGCUGGACGUCUCAGACGGUGCGGUCCUACUCCAACACCCGCUCCCUCCUCAUGGCAGGACAGGCGCUCUACCCCACCACCCUGCUGCUGCUCACCAUGGCCUCCACAGGUUUCUUCUUCCUCCUCAGCUGGUCUCUUUUCACAUAUCAGCACAGGGAAGAAAUUCGUCAAGGCCCCUCCGGCCUCGGCUCUUCCUACUGGCUCGGGGCUUGCGGUUGGGUGCUGCUGCUGGUCGUGGAGAUGAUGGUGUUUAUCGCCGAGCAAGCGACUGUGCCAGACAUCCGUCCGGACCUGGAGAGGGCCGUGGAGUCGUGGCGGAUUUCCUCUCAAGCCGGGGCCGCGAGACGCUCUCUCAGCGACAGGUAUCAGCCUGGCCACAGCAAGAGCAACAUUCCUCCAAAGUGGUAUUCGCCAUGAAUGUCAUGCAGACAUGAGGACGCGAGAGACGCGAUGAUUCUCGGCGAGAGAGCAGCAAUUCCAGGCCCAUUUAUCCUCUCACUCAUUCAUGAAUGCUGAUUAACUGUGAGUUAAAAAAUGUGGCAGGAGAAAUUAGGAGUCUCCGAAAAUCCUGAAAGACAGUGGGACUGAAUGCUCCGGCGUCCUGCAGGGGUUGACUGACUGAGGUGGUUAAAGGGGAAGUAAGCUAUUUUGGAGAACCAUUGUUUGAUGUCGUUUUUUCUGACCACACUGGCAGGGGGUCGAACUCGCAGUCCCGGGCUUGGGAGAUGGACGCGCUAGCGAGGAGGCCAGAACCCCUGAGGCCUUGCGUUUUGGCACUAGCACAUCUCCUAAGGUGUCGGGGAGUGAUGUUCUCCCACCGCACACAUAUUGUUGUGUGCUCCUUUUUUUUUUCAAUUUUAUAGAGCCAGGGCUGUGCAGUAAAAUCUGAUAAGCUUUCAGCGCGCACACACAACUGACAACUAGCAGACCCGCGAGGAAAUGUUCACUGAGUUUUAUUAUUAAAAUCGCUUACUGUCCCUUUAAUUCUGCAGUUUCUAGUUGUCAGUAUGGACUGAAAUAAAACAGAAAAAAAUACACACUAAGAACCUGUAAAACCGACCCGGAAACCUAAAUGAUGAGAAAGACGAGGGCCGCACUAGGUCAAGGUGAUGGGCAGGAUUUGUGUGGUCCAGCUUUGCCUCUGGGCGCCAGGUACUGAUCCAGGUAUUUGACUUUGAACUUGUUCCUUCACCUGAAAAAUUAAGUAGGCGCUGCGACGUACUUGAUGAAUGUUGAUGAACAGCACCAUCUUGUGAUGACUAUGUGACACUUACUGACUGUAAAACUCAACCGGAGGAGAAUUAACUCUUUCUACAGUAACUCCGUUGUUUACUUUAUGUGAGCUGAUGAUCAGCUAUGUGGUCGUAACCUGUUCAAAUGAUCCCUUUUUCCAUAUAAAAUAUAAUUAGCAGCCAUAUGGAUACCAAAAUGCACUUCAUGUACGUUCAACAAACCUUUGUCUAACCGUGGUGCUCGGACUCUAAGCUCCCUUCCACUGCUAAAGUUAAUAAAAAGUUUACAUCCUU